AUGGCUAUCGGCGGGAACAAGACAGGCAAGAAGAAGAUCACGCAGCGCAAGAAUCCGGACCCCUAUCUCAAGAAGGAGUGGUAUCCAGUCAUUGCCCCCGCCCACUUCAAGUCCCGCCACAUCGGCCAAACGCCAGUCACUAAGACGGCCGGCCUCAGGGUGGCCACGGACGUCAUCAACCACCGCGUAUACGAGGUCAACCUCGGCGACCUCAACCCUGGCGCAGAGGAUCUGAAUGGAAACACGAAGUUCUACCUCCAGACGCAGCUGGUCUCCGAUGGCAAGUGCUUGACCAACUUCCACGGGAUGGAUAUCACCCGCCACAAGUACGGAUCUCUGUUCCGCAAGGGGUGCGACUGCAUAGACGUGUUCAUGGACAUCCCCACGACAGAUGGCUACCUGCUCCGCGUCUUCGUUAUAGCGUUUACUGACCGCUUCCGCUUCCAAAGAAGGAAGAAUUGCCACGUUAAGGGUCGAGUGAUCAGGAUGAUGAGGGCCGGGAUCUACGAGACUCUCCACAAUGAACUAGGGAAGGUCAGCAUCCCUGUGCUUGUCACCAAGCUCUCGAAUUUCGAGGUCAAUGCUAAGCUCACGGAGGCCUUGCAAAAGAUCACCAUGUGUCGCGACGUGAUGAUCCGCAGAGUCAAGGUUGUCAAGCGUCCUCGCAACACCAUGGAGCUCUUGUCCACGAUGCACGACAGCAAUCAGGUCAGGAACCUGGCAGAGGGUCAGUCCAUACAGCAGUAA